AUGCGGACCUCAUUUAUCCUUUCUGCCGCGUUCGCAGUUUUUGGCCUCGUUCAGGAUGGCCUUGCCAUGCCGACAUCAUCGACUCGCUCGGUGCUGGCAAAGCGUGGCGUGAAAGAAUGUGAUAGCGACCGUGAUUACGACGGACCCUACCAGGACGGACAAGGCGUAUACAUCGAAUCCGACAAGAUUUCACGUCCAUAUAAGUUCCCCAGAGUGCGCAAAUGCUGGCAUGACUACUUCGCUGUAGAAGCGAGUGUGUGGUACAAACCCUGGAUCAAAUCUUCCGGCAACAUUUACUGCACGGGCACCCAGUUGUGCUCUACCGCACACCUUAACGGGACCCAAGUAUGCCAAUCACGCAGUGAAACAGUCAGCGUCUCAAUAGGGUGGAAAAUAGACGUUGCCGUGUCCAAGGGUAUCGUGCCCGGGCUAAGUUCUGCCGUGGAGUUUUCCUCAUCCAUCGAGGACUCAGAAUGCUACACUGCAUCCUCGACGACGACAUGUACCUGGAAUGACAAGGGUUGUCAUACUGUGUGGACCCAGCAGCAGAUGGUUCGCACAAUGGGGUAUGAGCGAAAGCGAUGCAAUUGGGGUGAUGGCGACGUGACGGAGUGUAUGCGCUCGUGGGAACAGAAUACUCCAACAACUUAUACCGAUUAUGGUUGUGGGAGUAAAUGUGAGGAUACGAAUUAUUGCGGGAAUACAAACGGGCAGCCAUGCCCGUAG